UAAUUUCUGGUCACUCUAAGCAGCUACCUGUUGUUUCGUUUCGAUCUAUUUAUUUAUUUCCUCUUGUUUACUUAAUUUAUUUAUUGUUUUUUAAUAAGUGCAAAUACAUUUAAAGUUCCCCAGACAUGGCUCGUUACUUUAAGGAACAGGAUAUUGAUGAGUUCCGCGAGUGUUUUUAUCUAUUUGCUCGAUCGGGCCAAAUCAACAAUUUGGACGAACUAACUGUUAUUAUGCGUUCUUUGGGUCUUUCGCCGACGAUCCAGGAACUGGUUUCCUAUCUGAAGCAGAAGAAUGGCAAAAUGAGUUUCGCCGACUUCCUGGACAUAAUGCAUCAGCACUCCAAGGUGGAGAGUCUGCCGGAUGAGGUGAUUGCCGCCUUCAAGGCAGCCGAUCCCCAGAAUAAGGGCACCAUCUCGGCCAGGCAGCUGCGCAAUCUUCUCCAGAACUGGGGAGAGGGUCUGUCCAUGCGCGAGGUGGACAGCAUCUUCCGGGAGGCCAAUGUGAACAACAAUAGCACUGUGCGAUACGCAGACUUUGUCAAGAUUGCUUGCGCCCCAGUUCCAGACUACUAUUAGACUGCCUACACAUUACUUCAUAAAACAUUCCAGUAAAAUGGUACCCCAAAGGAUUUCGCACAAUAAAGAAGCCGUCUAUACACAUGUUUUGGAAAA